AGCUUCACGCACACCUCUCUAUCCAUCCACCAAGACCAGCUUCCGACCAAGUGCUGGAAGGAGCCAAGCUGUCUGUCAGGAUGUGGUGGAAACGCAGUGAAGAGGCUGCGCCACCGGCUGCUGCUCUGCAAACACCACCUCCUCCGCCGCCCUCGCCGCCGAUCGAUGCCCUCCCGGUGCUUCCCAUCCCGCACUCCAUGCCAGAACCUCAGUCGCAACUAGAGCAACCUCGCACGCCCAUCCAGCUCCGCAAUGAUGCCGAACGCCUCUCUCUUCCGCUGUAUUCUCGCCUCCCUCUCUCCAUCACCAUCGCCUCCGUGACAGGGCUGCUCCUCGGUCUUGCCAAAGGCUCUCAAGACACAAACUUCCGCUUCCGCGCCGAAAAUGCUCACCGCUUACCUACGACACAGCAAGGCUGGUUCCUGUACCACAAGUCCAAGAACUACAAUAUGAUGCUUGGCGGAAUCAAGGAAGGUACGAGGCAGAGUCUCAAAUUUGGAGCGUGGACCGGGUUGUUCUUCCUACUAGAAGAAGGCGUUGAUCGUGGCAGAGCGGCAGGGAGAAGGAUGUGGGGCAGGUUCUGGGGCGGAGAGUGGAAGAGCGGAGCGCGAGAGAUGAGAUUGGCGAGUGCUGCAUUGAGCUUAGACGAUGAAGAGCAUGAGGAAGAAGAGAUCGUGAGAGAUUCGAGGGACUGCUUCAGUUCCAUGUUGGCUGGUUUGGGUAUCGCAGGAAUGUUCAGCGCGUGGAACAGAUUUCCUGUACCUACGGCAGCCAGGACGGCCAAAAUGGGCGCAAAGGCCGGCUUAGCAUUUGGUGUGUUGCAGGAUAUGGUCAGCCUGUCGAAGGGCAGGAGGGUGGGCUAUGUCGAAUUCGUAAAGAGGCUCGCUGGAGAUGGCCACGACGAGGAGCUCCCAGGAUGAAAACUUCAUGGCGCAAUGUCGACGCCCGACACGUCUCUCCUUUAGCGCAUGCGGACCUGGACACCAGCAUGGCUGUGUCGGCUUUACUGGAGUAACACCUGCCUAUUUGACGCUGAUACGGCCAAGUGCGUCAGAGAUCAGUGCAGGCAAACACCGACCACACUUUCGAGUAGGGAUUGUGCCAGCCACGUCCCAUAUCUGGAGACAACGCGCACUCGCAUGUAUCCGGAUCGAAUGACCUUUUUGCACAGCAGAAGAUGAAAGACGCGCUGAAGCUCAAGCAUGCUAGCAACACAACACAUGCCUCAACUGUGUAAUCAAGACAGUAUGCACGCAUGCCGGACAUUCGGCCGUCUACGACUGGCUGGCUAGAACACACAGCAUACGAUGAUGGUCUCAGCCAGCUUGUCAUGGAACGGGUCUGUCCAAGCUCAGCUCGUAGCGGCGCAUAACUACCUCCACAUGCUAUCGACAAGAGCCAAUCUACGCAUUGGAGACGGGAGGGGGAAAUGCACCGCGUUUCUGAGACUAUUCAGUCAGCUACAGUACAUGGCUGCAAGUCGUUCCAGCUCCAUGCAAGCCGUCGGCCA